AAAGAGAGUCAGGGUACCAUGCAAUAAACCAAGAUGGCGGCGCCCAUGAAUGUUGUUCUGGCUGUUGUCCUCUCGAUGUUUCUAGCUUUUACUUCGGUUUUGUUCUACCAUGUCAACAAAGUACAGCCACAACCCUACAUGGAUGAGAUCUUUCAUGUGCCACAAGCCAAAAAAUACUGCAAUGGCUCAUUCAAUGAGUGGGACCCAAUGAUCACUACCCUGCCUGGUCUGUACCUAGCUUCAGUUGGUCUUCUAAGACCGAUAACAGAAUUGAUGCUGGUAGACAUGUCGGAGGUGUGUACAACCACUGUACUACGAUCUACAAACGUACUCUUUGCCGUGGGUAACCUCUACAUGUUAUACGCUCUGAUCGUCAGACUCCACAAACAUGACAAGGCAUCUCAAACCUACAAGCCGCUACUGACAGCAGCCUCCCUCGCUCAUCUGCCCGUCCUUUAUUUCUUCUCCUUCCUCUACUACACCGAUCCGGGAUCCACCUUCUUCAUCCUCAUCAUGUAUCUCUUCAGUCUCCACGGCAACCAUCUGAUGGCCGGCAUCAUGGGAGUCCUCUGCGUCAUCUUCCGCCAGUCCAACAUCGUCUGGGUCGUCUUCACGGCGGGCGUGACGUUCGUGAAAGAGGUGGAGGGUGAGAGGAGUGAGCAGCAGAGUCCCGACGCUCCCAACGACAUUCAGACAAUCCUCGCAUCUAUCAAGAAAUCCCUUUUGUACAUCCUGAAGUUAUCCAAUCUGGGUCAUUUGAUACUGGUCCUCUGGCCCUACGGCAUCGUUGCCUUUGUGUUCAUGGCUUUCCUGGUCGUCAACAAAGGGAUCGUGCUCGGAGAUAAGAGUAAUCAUGAGCCCUGUUUGAACGUCCCUCAACUCUUCUACUUCAUGAUCUUCACUGCCGUCUUCGCCUUGCCCUACGUCCUCUCUCCAUACAGUGCAAUCAGGUUCCUGAAGGCGUGUCUGAGACGCCCCUUCGCAAACCUCGCCCUGACUUGCCUUGGAUUGUUAGCCGUGCACUACCUGACGUACGUCCACAUCUACGUCCUGUCAGACAACAGACAUUACGUCUCCAGUAUCUGGCGUCUGUACCAACGCCACGACCUCAUCAAAUACGCCAUCGUUCCAUUCGUCGUCUACAUGAACUGGUGCAUGCAGGACAGCCUCUCCAGACACAGCAGCUUAUGGAAGCUUGUGUACUUCAUCUGUGUAGCUGUGGUCACAGUGCCCCAGCGUCUCUUAGAGUUACGCUAUUUCAUCGUUCCUUAUCUGAUGUUCAGGAUUCACAUGCCGUUACAGUCCUACUGGAAGAUCUGUCUGGAGUUAUUGCUAGGUGCUGUAGUGAACAGUGUCACGUUGUAUUUGUAUAUGGAGCGGCCAUUUUUCUGGGAGGGCACCCCGGGCUUGCAGAGAUACAUGUGGUAAUUGGCUGUAUGUCUGUUACAAUUGGAAACCAAGUUUUGAUUAACUAGUUAACUAUGUUUACUAAUAUUGGAUUAAGACAAGAUCCUUGAUCAAAUUAAGCGCUUGUUUCGCCUAUAUAAUAUUGCCGCUUGAAUAUUGUAACCCUGUCAAACACUAAUGAGCACAUCAAACAGAUCUUUUUCAGGACAAAAUCAGUUUCAAGAUCAUUUUGUGUGUGUCGUUCGCUCAUCAAAAGCCACAUUACCACUUUAUGUCUCAGAAGCAAUUAAUCAUUAUUACUGCCAGUCUGAGCUCAAAUAAUAAACAUCUUCUACCAAAAUCCUGGACAAAAA